GAUAAGGAGUUCAUUAUAAUACAACCACCCCCGUUAAAUCCUUCCGUCAUCUCCACGUCGUCUUUCUUCGAUCUCCUCCUUCACUCUUAAGACUUCCCAUUUCUAUCUAUCGACAUUCACUCGGUUAUAUAUCAGUAUCCUCUUUGAUUUCUGUAUAUUUGCAUAAUUCGUGUUAUUUCCUAAACAAUUUCCAAAUUUCAAGGUUCAUUUCUAUAGCAUUCUAUUAGUAGUCGUCAUCGCAAGCGUAAAGGAUGGAAAAUCGCGAUAUUUGUUCGUCAGAGGCGGCGUCUGGCGGCGAAAAUAUAUUCAGUUGUCAUGAAUCUGAUGUUUCAACCGCCGAUCAUCUCGUCGUCAUGGUUAAUGGAAUCCUUGGAAGUUCUGCUGACUGGAAAUUUGGAGCAGAGCAGUUUGUCAAGUCACUACCAGACAAAGUAUUUGUUCAUCGCAGUGAAAAGAACGCAUCAUCUCAAACAUUAGAUGGUGUAGAUGUAAUGGGUGAACGAUUAUCCGAGGAGGUUCUUGAAGUGAUUAAGCAAAAGCCAAAUCUUCGCAAGAUUUCUUUUGUUGCACAUUCAGUGGGAGGUUUAGUGGCAAGAUACACUAUUGGGAGAUUAUAUAGGCCUCCAUCAGUUAAAGACUCUGAGGAUUCAAAACCCACAAUAGGUGGUUUGAUUCCAGUGAACUUUAUAACUGUUGCAACACCUCAUCUUGGUUCAAGGGGCAACAAACAGGUGCCUUUUCUUUUCGGGGUAUCUGCUUUAGAGAAAGUUGCUGUAGCUAUUAUACAUUGGAUAUUUAGAAGAACAGGGAGGCACCUUUUCCUUACGGAUAAUGAAGAAGGAAAGCCUCCACUACUUAACCGGAUGUUGGAGGAUUAUGGUGAUUGUUAUUUCAUGUCAGCAUUGCGCUCAUUCCAAAGACGGGUCACAUAUGCAAAUGUUGGCUAUGAUCAUAUUGUUGGCUGGAGAACUUCAUCAAUUAGGCGUAACAUAGAACUACCAAAGUGGGAGGACUCUGUAAAUGAAAAGUAUCCUCAUGUUGUGUACGAAGAACGCUGCAAGGCGUAUGAUUUUGAGCCAGAUCUGACAAGUGGCGAUAAUUCAGAUGAUGUGGAAGAGGAACUUGUGACUGGGCUUUCUCGUGUAUCAUGGGAAAAAGUAGAUGUGAGCUUUCACAAUAGUAGAUCCAGGUUUGCUGCUCAUAGUGUUAUUCAGGUAAAAGAUGACAACCUGCAUACAGAUGGGGCAGAUGUUAUUCAACAUAUGAUUGAUCAUUUUUGUCUUUAGAACUCUUGCCAGCUAUCUACUAAUUAAGGUACUGGCUUAGAGCGUGUUGUACAGAAAGCAGUUUGUGAUGUAAUUCCAAGAAUUAAUACGCGAAACACAUGACAUGGCUGUGUUGUUCAACUAUAAUAUAUAUAUUUCCAUAUAAAUAUUACAUCACAAAUUAAUAUGCAAAA